GUGCCAGUCCAAGCCAAAAGACCAGCUUCGUCAUCGGCCCACACAGUUGAACUUGAAGUUUUUACAAGAUAUAAUAAUUUUAAAAUUACAAAAAAAAACCUGUGUUUAUUUCCAAAACAGAUAUAAUCCAUUAAAGUCGCGUUAAAACAGCAUAUAAAGACAAAAUGCAAAUCAUUCGUUCAAGUGUUCUUCUUUUCGUGGGAAUAUGCUUCAUGUUCCUUGUGCGAAAUGCCUCAGCCGGAAAAAUAAAAUUGUUGGCCUUUAAGGGACCCCGUGCCGGAUUUGUGGGCCUGAAGGUUCGCACUCCCAAGUUGCUGGGCCUAAAGAGCGGACUGGUGGGUGGAGCAGCUGGAUUUGGACUGGGAGCGGCUGUGGGUGCUAAACUGGGUGCCGGAUUAGCCAGUCAUGCCGGUGGAGGCGGCCAUGGAGGUGGUUACGGAGGAGGUUAUGGCGGAGGAUACGGUGGAGGAUUCGGCGGAGGACACGGCGGAGGAUUCGGCGGCGGAUACGGAGGAGGUUAUGGAGGCGGCUAUGGCGGUGGCUUCGGAAGAAGCAGCGGCUACGAACACCACGAACACCACGAAUAUCACCAGGAAAGCCAUCACAGUGAAGGAUCUGAAUUUGGGGGUGGAAAUAUCGGAGGCGGUUCCUGGGGAAAAUAGGUCUUUAAUAAUGUUAUUAGUUAAUAUUCAUUUCCUUGCCAUCACAAUGAAACAUUAUUGUUAUUUAGUUAUA